AUGAGUGGACGUGGUGGACGUAAUAGUGGACGUGGUGGUGGCCGCGGCGGUGGACGUGGCAACAUUGCUAUGAAUCAGGCCGAAUUAACAGACCUAAUCGACACUCGUGUGGUUGAAGCCCUAGCGGCUUAUCAGGCUGGUCAACAAGUGAAUCAGAAUCAAAACAAUCUGCCUAUUUGCACGUUUAAGACGUUCAUGGAUUGUAAGCCACAGACAUUCAGUGGGACUGAAGGAGCUGCGGGGCAACUUCGUUGGUUUGAGAAAGUUGAGUCAGUCUUUGCUAUGUGUAACUGUCCCGUGGGGGACCGAGUGAAGUAUACUACAGGAACAUUGGGGGAUGGUGCCUUAACUUGGUGGAAUGCCCAAGUGCAGAUGUUGGGCAUCGAAAUGGCCGAUGCCACUACUUGGGAUGAUUUCAAGGAGUUGAUGCGGGAAGAGUACUGUCAUCGUGAUGAGAGUCAGAAACUCGAGAAUGAAUACUACAAUCUGAAGAUUGAGGGGUCUGAGAUCGAGGCUUACACGAAACGAUCUCAUGAGCUAGCAAACAUGUGCCCUAGCUUAUCUCGACCCCCACCUCGAAGAAUUGAAUUGUACAUCAAGGGCUUAGCACCGCAAGUUAAGAGUUUGGUCACUGCUGCAAAUCUUAACAACGUGCCACAGAUCAUUCGUUUAGCACACAAGAUUACCGACCAAGAGGUCGAGCAUGGUUCGCUACCGCCUCGUGUUUCUGCUACUCCUACAGCUACUACUACCCCUGCUAGUGAUAACAAGCGCAAGUGGAAUGAUGCGGACAAGGUGUCCAACUAG